AUGCGUUUCUUCAGCACUCUCUUCCUUGCCACCUUGACUGCUACCGGCGUCGUCACGGCCAUGCCCGUCGCCCAGCCUCAUGACCUGGCUGCGCUCGCCGGAGAGGGACUCCAGGAUGCUGCCCCAGUUGAGGCUCUCGACAUUGAGACCAACAUCGAGACCAGAGAGGCCAGGGGCCCCAACACUCCGGCUGAUGUCGCGAAGCACGACGCCAACCACAAGAAGCAGGACGCUGGCAACUGUGGACAAGGCUGCAAGGCCUCGCUUGCCUCGUAUCACUCGCAAGCCUCCAAGGAUUCUAAGAACUCCAAGAACUCCAAGGGCAGAAAGAACGGUCGCCGCGCGGUCGAGAAUGCCGAAAACACCGAGGAUGCUGAGGUUGAGGAGGAGGUUGAGGCUUGA